AUGGCGGGAUUGAGGCUGUCAGAUCAUAAAGGUCGCGUCUCUCGCGAUUCACGUCGCGAUUCAUUUGGGGCUCGUUUGAGAAGCUCCACCUCCUCCAGCUCUGGCGCCGGCAAGUCGCGUAUGCCGACUCCUCCGAGCCGUCAUGGUGAUGAUUAUGAUGACUCUGAGGAUGCAAGUGAUGAGUCUUCGGCCGAUGGCCGCGGUGAAAGUGCAGAUGAGGGGGAGGGAGAGAGUAGCAGUGACGAAGAUUUCACUCUAGAGACUCACCUCGGGCUACUUGAGCGGCGAGCCGAUCAGGACGAGCUGAACGAGAUCAAGACCGCGCCGAUAUUCACCGACAGCGUCAGGAAAUACGCUAUCUCGGUUACUGGCAAAUCGCCCGACCAGCCCUUCACCCAGUUUGGGCUAAUUGCUGGCGAUGUCAGCCACCCUGCCGGCGCUCCUCCAGCGGAUCCGAGGAUCUUUUAUAACGUCUCCGCCCCCUCGAGCGUUUUCAUCUGCGGAAGCCAGGGCUCGGGCAAGAGCCACUCGUUGUCAUGCCUGCUCGAGAACUGCCUGAUCCCUUCCAAGGCAAACACGCUGCCACGACCCCUGACGGGUAUCGUGUUCCACUUUGACACCUUCAUCUCGGACAAUGGGGGCUCGCCAUGCGAGGCUGCCUGGCUAUCUUCCAGCCGCGACGUCAAGGUCAGGGUGCUCUGCGCGCCGACCAACGUGCGCACCAUCCGGCAGGUGUACCAGCGCUUCCCGAAUGUCAAAGUGGAGGAGUUGCGUCUCAGCCAGUUGGACCUGAACACGAAGCGCAUGCUCGACUUGAUGGCCGUUACUUCGGGCAACAUGCCGCUGUACCUGCAUGUGGUCAACCGAAUCCUGCGGGACCUGCGGAUCACUCAGCAGAAGUCUGGCAAGGGGUUCGAUUACACCACCUUCAAGAGGAUGGUCCAAGCCGAAGACCUGACCAAGGACCAACUCGCGCCCCUGAAGCAGCGUUUGGAUACCCUGGAGAGCUUCAUGGUGGAGGAUCAGGCCAAGGCAUACAACAUGUGGGCGAAAGAGAGAAGCGGGCAUUCGCCGAAGCAGCAGAGGAAGCAUGAAGCCCAGGGUACAGACUGGACGCCCGAGGCCGGACAGCUGACCAUCGUGGACCUAUCCUGCCCCUGCGUCACAUCGGAGAUGGCCUGUUCGCUCUUCAACAUCUGCCUCAGCCUCUUCCUCGAGCAGCCCUCCAAGGUGGGCAGGGUCAUCGCCCUGGACGAGGCCCACAAGUACAUGAACGACUCGCCGGAAUCCCAGACCCUCACCGAGUCCCUCCUCGCCACGAUCCGCCUGCAGCGCCACCUCGGCGCCCGCAUCAUCAUCUCCACCCAGGAACCCACCGUCUCCCCCAAGCUCUUGGACCUGUGCUCCGUCACCAUCGUCCACCGCUUCACCUCCCCGGACUGGCUGGCCGCCCUGAAGAAGCACCUGGCAGGCGUCUCCACCGCCUCCCAGCUCCUGGAGCAGGCCGCCGCACGACACGACGGUGAUGCUGCCAACGGCGACGGUCACGGCCACGACGACGGCGUCGGCGCCGUCGCCCUCGGCCGCGGGAACCCGUCGCUGGGGCUCUUCUCGCAGAUCGUCGGCCUCCGCGUCGGCGAGGCGCUCGUGUUCGCGCCGAGCGCCAUCGUCGGCGUGCGGGUGGUCGGCGCUGCGGCGGCGGCCGGGGGCGCGGCCGUCAGGCGGCUCGGCAACGGGGUCCUCAAGGUGCGGGUCCGUCGCCGGGUUACGGCGGAUGGGGGGCGGAGUAUCAUGGCUUUGUAG